UCCAACAUGGCAACUUAUUGCUUUGAGUUGUGACGAAGCUAGUCGAUUUUUUGCAAAAUGAGCAUUUAAUAACAAAAACAUUUGCCGUACUAGAUUGUACAAGCUCAUCUAAACGUUAUGGAACUGUAGGUACAACGUAAUGCUUUGUGGGACGCGCAGAGACUUAGUGUGGAUUAGAAACGCACUUCAUUGCUGAAGCAAUGCUGGGGUUUCUGACAGCAAGACAGGCUGGUCUGGAUGAUCCCCUGCGACUGAGACGUGCAGAGUCAACAAGAAGGGUCCUCGGUCUGAAGUUGAAUCCUGAUAGAGAUGUGGACCGAAUCCAUGGAAAUGGCAUUAAUACCAUUGACAUUGAUGCAAUCGAGGGCAAAUACAUGUUGUCUGGAGGUGCAGAUGGAGUAAUCGCUAUAUAUGACCUGGAGAACUACAGUGGGAAACCACAGUACACCUGCAAGGCAGUCUGCACAGUCGGCCGAUCAAGUCGGUAUGUUCACAGAUUCAGUGUAGAGACAGUCCAGUGGUAUCCUUACGACACGGGGAUGUUUGUCUCCAGCUCCUUUGACAAGACCAUGAAAGUGUGGGACACCGAGACAUUAAAGCCUGCUGAAGUGUUUGAGUUCGAGGGCAAUGUCUACAGUCACCACCUGUCCCCCAUCGCCAGGAAGCACAGUCUCAUCGCAGUUGGCACCAAAAACCCUAAAAUCCAACUGUGUGACCUGAAGUCCGGCUCACGAAUUCAUGUUCUUCAUGGUCACAGAGGAGAGGUCCUGUCUGUGCGGUGGUCGCCCAGAUACGAACACAUCUUAGCCAGUGCCAGCGCAGACAGCAAGGUGAAAGUAUGGGAUGUGCGCCGUGCUUCGGGUAGUCUAUUCACUCUGGACCAGCACAAUGGAGACAAGUCGAAAGCGUCCUCCGAGGCAGUAAACACAGCCCAUAAUGGCAGAGUGAAUGGCCUAUGCUUCACUGGUGAUGGCCUCCACCUCCUCACUGCUGGAACUGAUGACCGGAUGAGACUAUGGAAUAGUGCCAGUGGAGAAAACACACUGGUAAAUUAUGGGAAGGUCUGCAACGAGAGUCGUAAAAGGCUACAGUUCACCGUGUCACGUGGCUGCAGCCCAGAGUUUGUGUUUGUGCCAUGCGGCAGCUCAGUUGCAGUGUAUGCCCUCCACACAGGAGAACUGGUCACUAUGCUCAGAGGUCACUAUAACAAUGUUGACUGCUGUGAGUUUCAUCCAGACUACCAGGAGCUGUACAGUGGAGGUAAAGACUGUAACAUUCUGGCUUGGGUUCCUGUCCUCCGUGUCUCAGAUGUAGAAGAAGAGACGAGUCGUGAAAAUAAGAGUGCUGCUGGCCAGUCUUCAGCGGACCCUGCCUUUCAGGAUGCAUGGAGCAGUGAUGAAGAUUGAUGUCUGUGUUUUGAAUAUGUGGACUCAGUAAGGUCACUGAGCAUGCAAAUAAAUCUGCAUCCAUCGCAAUUACUGCCAAAAACUGUAAAGGGACACCAGUGGAGAUACUUCACGUGAUGGGAAACUGCUCCCAUUUGCUGAAGCUGACAAAAGCCUUAAAUGAAGUGUAUAAAUAAUUGUCUGAUUUUAGAAAUAUGCACAAUGUUAAGAGUCAUGUGUUUUUGUACAUUGGAUAUAGAAUUCUUAUUGUUUUUUUUUAUUUGAAAGUAAAUCCAACUGCAAGUUU